UGGAAAAAUGGUUCCCCAUUUCUUUUUCUGAUCGGUUUCAGGUUAACUGUUGGGAUAUGGAAUCUCUGGAAGGAUGACAAAAAUGAACAGAAUAAGGGAAUACCCUCUUCUGUGGUCUCAGAAACAGCUACAAUAAAUGCGACUUUGCUGGAAGUGCGGUUCUUCUAGCUAGGGUUUCACGAAUAUUAGCCACUUCUUUAUACCACUAUACCUACACUUUCUCUUCACUUCUUUUACUUUAACCUCAAAAUUUUUUUGUGAGUUUUGCUUUUCUCCAUGUUCCUUGACCUAUGCUGAAAGCUCCACGAACUCUUUGUCUCUCUGCACACAAAGGAUUUGUCAUUCUGAGUGGUCAAAUUAAAUUUUCCACCACAUUAAUAAUUUAAUUUGGUUCAUGUUGUAUACAAUAAGCUAAACCAAUUAUUUUUCUGUAAGAUCCAUUUUCGAGCUCGCGGAUCAAUUAAUUCUGAUAACACUGAAUCCUUUGAAGUUUUAGAUUGUGGGUUUUAACUGUUUGUUAAAAAUCUUAUACUUUCCUGCUUUAGAAAGAAUACAAAUUAGAGUGAAGCGUUUCUUGAAGACGUCUGUUUCUAAUUUUUGGAGAUGGUGAGGGGAAAGGUUCAAAUGAAGAAAAUUGAGGAUGCAACAAGCCGUCAAGUGACCUUUUCAAAGCGUCGAACUGGUCUUGUAAAGAAAGCUAACGAGCUAUCGGUUCUUUGUGAUGCACAAGUAGCUGUGAUAGUCUUCUCACAGAACGGAAGGCUCUAUGAGUUCUCAAGUUCUGAGUACGUUUUCCUUCACUUUUCCAAAUUCAUGUUCUGCUUAAGAAUUAGUACUUCAAUAGAUAUGCUAUGAUUGCUCAGAGAUACAUAUGUACCUGUUAUACUGAUUUGGAAAAGAAAAAAAAAAGUGCAGAUGGUUGCUUACUUGCUUUGCUGGUUGUAAGGGUAGUCUUUGUUAAUUUGUUUCUCUACCUUACGUUUUGAGGUUUGGUGCAAUCUGCAGAAAUAAACAAACGAGUCUGUGUGGCUUAAUUCGUUUGAUA